CUUGUGCCACCACUUUCAAGAACCAAGAAUCUUGAAAAAAAUGAAGAAUUUUGAAAGUUAGUGUUUUUAUGAUUGUGGGGUUUAAGAAAAGCUAAAAGGGUGUAUUGGGUGAUGGUUAAUGAAGCUAAAAGAGUGAUCUUUUUUUGUGUUUCUUGAAAAUUUGGAAGGUUGUUUUUAGGUUGUGCAGUGAAGUGAUGGAGAUUAGAUUGAUUCUUCUAAGAUUCCUUUUUAUAUUAUUGGUGAUCUUCACAAAUAAUGCUCAACCAACUGCCAGAGCGUUCACAGGAACGUACGGGAUUAAUUAUGGGAGAAUUGCAGAUAACAUUCCUUCACCUGAUAAAGUGGUUAAACUCCUUCGAGCAGCAAAAAUUAAGAAUGUUAGAAUUUACGAUGCGGAACCCAGUGUACUUAACGCGUUUAAAGGGACUGGUCUUGAACUGGUGAUCGGACUUCCGAACGGGCUUGUAAAAGAAAUGAGUGCCAAUGCAGAUCAUGCUUUAAAUUGGGUAAAAGAUAACGUGAAGGCGUUCCUUCCUGAGACCCGCAUUGUUGGCAUCGCUGUGGGAAAUGAAGUUUUGGGGGGUAGCGAUAAUGAACUGGAGGUAGCUCUUCUGAAUGCUGUAAAGAAUGUAUAUAAUGCGACGAAAAAGCUCGGGAUAAGUGACGUUCAGAUAUCAACCGCGCACUCGCAGGCUGUUUUUGCCGAUUCGUUCCCUCCCUCCUUUUGUGUAUUUAAAGAUGGCGUUGCUGAGUUGAUGAAGCCACUUUUAGACUUCUUCUCGAAAAUUGGAUCUCCAUUCUGCUUAAAUGCUUACCCGUUUUUGGCUUACACGUACAACUCAGAUAAAAUAGACAUAAAUUAUGCUCUUUUUCAGCCAAAUGAAGGAAUUGUUGACAAUAAAACAAACCUUCAUUAUGAUAACUUGCUCGAUGCUCAGAUUGAUGCAGCGUAUGCAGCUCUAGAGGAUGCUGGUUUUCGGAAAAUGGAAGUCAUAGUUACUGAAACCGGCUGGGCAUCUAAUGGGGACGAGAAUGAACCUGCUGCCACGCCAGGUAAUGCUAGGACGUAUAAUUAUAAUCUGCGCAAAAGGCUCGCCAAAAGAAAAGGAACUCCAAUGAGGCCGAAAAAAAUGUUGAAGGCGUAUAUUUUUGCACUGUUCAAUGAGUAUCAAAAGCCAGGUCAAUCAUCAGAGAAGAACUUCGGACUAUUCAAAGCUGAUGGUAGUAUAUCUUAUGAUAUCGGUUUCCCUGGGCUACAAGAUAUUUCAGCUGCAUCUUCGCUUUUGUCUUUGAAGGGAAUUCAAGCUCAAGGGUAUUAUUUGCCAGCGAUAGCAAUCACAACGUCAAUAUCGGUUCUGCUAUCGAGGUUGUGACAACAUUUUUGAUCUCAUCUUAUACGAAAUACCAGAUUAGCGUCUCGAAUUUCCUAGUGUAGAAACUGCUGCUACAUCAACAACAUCAGGAAUGCAGUCUUAGAUCUUCAUAGCUAGUCGAUCAUAGAGGUUGCUGAUUGUUUUUGAACUUUUCAGCAAUGCACAAUCAGUAUAUAUAUAUGAAAUAAAUUCUUUCUUGGUU